CGGAAAUAAAAGAGUUGUCUGCAACUUCCGGUCUAAAAAAUUAUGAUAAAUUUUCAGCACGAAACCAGAAGCUGACUUUAUAUCUAAAUCUAGUGUGUUCUACAUGUUCUAAGAAAUGGAAUUUGCAGAAUUUAUCAAGACCCCUACAGUAGAGAAUGUCUGUAUGAAACGUCCUUUUACUAAAGCAGUUACUGGUACACUUUGUAUCACAGGGCAUCAUGUAAUACUGUCCUCUAGAUCAGAAAAUCAUGAGGAGUUGUGGCUUCUACACAGCGCUAUAGACAGUACAGAGAAAAAAAUGACCCAAACCAAUGGAAAAUAUGUACUGAUUCUGAAAUGUAAAGACUUGCAGAUGAUAGAGUUAGAAUUCAAUGGUGGUGAUGACUGUUUAGAUGUAGCAUCAUCAAUAGAGAAUCUGUCUCAUGUUGAUGAUAUUAGCUUGAAGUAUCCAUUUUUCUAUCGAGCUGGAUUUGAGCCAUUAGAGGACGGCUGGCAGGCAUUUUUACCAGAGAAUGAAUACACUAGGUUUAAAGAUUGCUCUGAGGAAUGGAGACUUAGUUAUGUUAACAAAGAUUAUAAGGUUUGUGCAUCCUAUCCCCAUGCUGUGAUUGUACCUAAAUCUAUAGAUGAUGAAACAGUUAUAAAGGCUUCCCAGUUCAGACAAAACGGCAGGUUUCCUGUUCUCAGUUAUUAUCAUAGACAGACAAAGGCUGUGAUGAUGAGGUGUAGUCAGCCAUUGACAGGAAUGAACAACAAAAGAUGUAAAGAAGAUGAAAGAAUGGUCAAUUCUGUAAUGGGGCGGGGCAACAAAGGUUAUAUCAUAGACACAAGGUCACCUUCUGCUGCUAAAUCAGCACAGAAUAAAGGUGGAGGUUAUGAACCUGAAGUAUAUUAUCCACAGUGGAGACGGAUACAUCAGUCAGUGGAUAGGAGACAAGCUUUCCAUGACUCACUCAUCAAAUUGAUGGAAUCAUCUCUUGACAACACCAGUAGUAUGGACAAAUGGCUAUCGAAGUUAGAAUCCAGUAACUGGUUAUCACAUGUCAAAGAUAUACUAACAUGUGCUUGUACUGUAGCACAGUGUAUAGAUUCUGAAGGGGCUUCAGUAUUGGUCCAUGGAUCUGAGGGAUUUGAUACAACUUUACAGGUUACCUCCCUUGUACAACUUAUAUUGGACCAUGACUGUAGGACCAUUAAUGGAUUUGAAGCCUUAGUAGAACGUGAAUGGUUACAAGGUGGUCAUCCAUUUGCUGACCGCUGUUCCAAAUCGGCAUUUGCCAUCACUAAACAGAGAAGUGAAUCUCCUAUUUUUCUUCUCUUUUUAGAUUGUGUCUGGCAGAUAUGGCAACAGUUUCCUUGUUCAUUUGAAUUCAAUGAAGAGUUUCUUAUCCUGCUGUUCGAACACACCUACUCUUCACAAUUUGGUACAUUCCUGUGCAAUAAUGAGAAGGAAAGAAAAGAGUGUAAAUUGUCCUCCAGAACAGUCUCUUUAUGGACAUAUUUAGCAAGACCAGAAGUUUUACAGAAGUAUCUUAAUCCUAUGUAUGAUCCUAAUCCUAGAGUUAUAUGGCCCUCUGUAGCUCCACAAAGUUUGGUGUUGUGGUCUGGGUUAUACCAGAGAUCAAUAAUUGACCAAUCAAAACAGAAGGAGGCUUGGCAGGAAGUCAGUAAAAUUAGAGAGUAUGACAAGGAAUUAAGGUCAAAGGUCACCAAACUAAGGAGACAACUUGCCUCAUUAGAAAGAGAAGCACUAGGAGUUGGACUGAUUCUUCCCUCAGAACUUGGUGUUGAUUGUAUACCAGAAUGAGGUCAAUAUUCAGGACAAACUUUGCUGGACUAAUUUAUGAUAUAUAUAUCUACAGAUUUUAAAUACCAGGAUAGACACUUUCACAUUCCAUCUUGUCUUAAGGAUGUAAAUAGGUGAAAUAAAAAAAAUAUAGAAUUUAAAAUUGGUACUAUAAGUUGAAGUUAAAAAAACCAAAAUAAGCUAAAAAUAUUGAUAGGUUAUGGAGCUCCUUAUCAAGAAAUUGAUUUUUUUUUUAAAUUGCAAGAAAACUUUUUAAGGCUGACUAAGUCUUUCAUAUUUUUGCAUUGGUAUUAUUUGGUGGGUCUCGAAAGAACAUAAUUCUAAAAUCUCCUUAAAUAUUGGUGAAUGACUAUUAAAGUCUUAUAUGAACAUUAAAAUUGGUGUUAUGGAGUAAAAUAUUUUAUCCUGUGUUGAAGGAAAAAAACAUCAAAUUAUCUUUUUACAUGGUAGAUUAAAAGUAAUUAUUAUUAUAAUAAUGCAGUAUACUGCAAUUUAAAGUCAUAUAAUUAGUUUACAGUUCAGCACUGUGAAUUUAUAUAAUUUGAACUCUAAUAGAGGAAUAUAAAUAUUUUCAAGUGAUGAAAUAUUUUUGACAAUAUGUGCAAUAUUUAAUUGU